GUUUGUAGAAAGAGAGGACCGAAAUGCAGCGUGGUGGUUACUCAUGACUUUAAUGUAGAAAAUAGCGAUACAUGAAAUAACUCAUAAACAAAACAACAAACGGAACGUGAAACCUAAUUACAGCCUAUCUGGUGAAACUACACAGAGACAGGAACAAUCACCCACGAACUACAAAGCGAAACUAAGGCUGCCUAAAUACGGUUCCCAAUCCGAGACAACGAGAAGCACCUGACUCUAAUUGAGAACUGCCUCAGGCAGCCAAGCCUAACUAGACACACCCCUAAUAGCCGCGAUCCCAAAUAAUACAAACCCCAAUACGAAAACAACAUAUAAACCCAUGUCACACCCUGGCCUCCCCAAACAUAUAACAAAAACACAAAAUACAAUGACCAAGGCGUGACAGUUUGUUCUGUAAAUAGUUAUGUCGUCUACCACACAGAACUCACCUCUCUGUUUUACACCAUAGACUCAGGAUCACGGUAUUUACAAUGUGAGACCCAGGAGGACAAGCUGAAGAGGGAGGCAUCAGCUGGUGAGCUUGAGUUGAAGAUGGAAAAAUAAUUAAAAGAGAUAUUAAGACAGGAGAUGAUGGAACAACUAAAGGAGAAAGACACACAACUGGAUGAUAUGAUCCAGGAAGUGAGAGAGAAAGAGAGACUCCUGGAUGAUAUGACCCAGGGAGUGAGAGAGAAAGAGAGACUCCUGGAUGAUAUGACCCAGGAAGUGAGAGAGAAAGAGAGACUCCUGGAUGAUAUGACCCAGGAAGUGAGAGAGAAAGACACACAACUGGAUGAUAUGACCCAGGAAGUGAGACAGAAAGACACACAACUGGAUGAUAUGACCCAGGAAGUGAGAGAGAAAGAGAGACUCCUGGAUUAUAUGACCCAGGAAGUGAGAGAGAAAGAGAAACUCCUGGUUGAUAUGACCCAGGAAGUGAUAGAGAAAGAGAGAAUCCUGGAGGAGAAGAACCAGAUAAUGGAACAGAGGGAGAAACUAUUAGAAGAGAAAGACAAGCAACUGGAAGAGAAAGACAAGCAACUAAAGGAUAGAAACAUUCAACUAGAGGCUCUGAGAAAGUACCUGCAGGACAAGAACAGCCAAGUAGAGAACUUCAGAGUCCUACUGGAGGGAAAAGACCUUCAACUAGAGGACAGGAACCACAGACUGGGAGAGAAGGACAAACUACUGGAAGAGAGAGACAAACAACUAAAGGAUAGAGACCUUCAACUAGAGGACAGCAACCACAGACUGGGAGAGAAGGACAGACUACUGGAAGAGAGAGUCAAACAACUGGAGGGAAAAGACCUUCAACUAGAGGACAGAAACCACAGACUGGAAGAGAAGGACAGACUACUGGAAGAGAGAGACAAACUACUGCAGGAAAAAUACCUUCAACUAGAGGACAGAAACCACAGACUGGGGGAGAAGGACAGACUACUGGAAGAGAGAGACAAACUACUGGAAGAGAGAGACAAACAUCUGGAAGAGAGAGACAAACUACUGAAGGAAAAAGAAAAUGAAAUAAAGGAGAAGCAGAUUGAACUAGGAGACAAAGACAAAACAAUUAAGGAAAGAGACCUUCAACUAGAGGACAGAAACUAUAGACUGGGAGAGAGAGACAAACUACUGGAAGCGAGAGACAAACUACUGGAAGAGAGAGACAAACAUCUGGAAGAGAGAGACAAACUACUGGAGGGAAAAGAAAAUGAACUUAAAGAGAGGAGACAGGAAGUAAAAGAGAGGAGACAGGAAGUAGAAGAGAAAGACAACCUACUAGAGGAGAGAGAGAACCAGUUAAAGGAAAGAGACAAACAGGUGGAGGAUGUCAACAAUGAAAAUGCUGAACUGGCUCAACAGAUAUGUGAUGUGAAGACUGAGGUAGAGAGACUGAGAAGAGAGAUCUCAGCCCAGAUGACUGAACAUGGAGAGACGUCAGAUACAGGUUCCAUCCUCCCAGUCAGGAGGAGACACAGCAUGGAGUUUCCUCUAAACAUGGGAGGAGAGACCUCAGAUACAGACCCCACACUUCCACUGAGGAGGACAAACAGCAUGGAGUUACCUCCUCCACAUAUGGGAGGAGAGAGCAGCAGUCCAGACUCCCCAGUGUCUCCCAGUGUGUCUGAGCUGAGACUGGUGCUGCUGGGGAGGACUGGGGCUGGGAGGAGUGCAGCAGGAAACACCAUCCUGGGCAGAGAGGAGUUUGGGGCCCAGGCCAGCCCCUCUGCAGUGACCCAGAGGAGUAAGAGGAGAGAGGGGGACGUGUGUGGGAGACGGCUGGUGCUGGUGGACACUCCAGACUGGUUCUGUCCUGGACUCUCUCUGGAGGAUAUGAGACAGGAUGUGGGGCUCUGUGUCCGUCUGUCUGCCCCGGGACCCCACGCCUUCCUCCUGGUCAUACCAGUGGAGCCCUCUAAGGGUGAGGAGAGAGGGGUGCUGGAGAGAAUAGAGGAGAUGUUUGGGGAGGGUUGUUGGGGACACACUGUGAUUCUAUUCACCCAUGAUGAUGGACUGAAAGAGCAGAGCAUUGAGGAGUUUCUCCAAGCAGGAAGUCAGGACCUCCAGCAGCUUGUAGAGAAAAGUGGGAGCAGGUACCACGUCCUCAACAUUAAAGAGAGGGCCCAUGACACUCAGGUAUCAGAGCUGCUGGAUCAGGUAGAGGAGAUGGUGGCAGGAAACAGAGAGAGAUUCUACAGCAGUCAGACCUACCAGGAGGCAGAGGACCAGGUUAGAGAGAUGGAGGGAAACAUCCAGAGAGAGAGAGGAGAGAGGAAACAGAGGGAGGAGAGAGACUUGAGAGAGAGGCUUCAGAAGGAGUUGCAGGACUCUCUGAUAAAGAUAGAGGGAGUGAUCCAGGAACAUGAGGGAGAUAUCAAAACACUCAGUGAAAGAACCAGUGAACUGGAGAGACAGGUGAAAGAAGAGAGGGAUGAGGAGAAGAAAAGAGAGCUGGAGAGGGAGCUGAAGAGGGAGUCUGAUAGGAGGGAGGAGAUGGAGAGAAAGCUGGAGAGAUUUAGAGAGAAGAGAGAGAAUGAGAGGAAGGAGAUGGAGGAGAGACACAGACAGGAGAUGGAGAACUAUGAAGGAGAGGCCAGAGUUGAAGCACAGAGAAACCUGAUGAAGAUAAUCCUGCCUGAGUUACAGAGGAACAUCAUGAUCUCACAGACAAAGAUACAGAGGGAGUUCAGCAGACAGAUGGAGGAGAAGAAUAGACAGAUGAAGGAGAAGGAUAGAGAGAUAAAGAGACUGAAACAGAACUCAGAGGAGGUGUAUAUAACCAGUGAGAUGAGCAGGCAACAUGCACAGCGAGAACCAAUAGGAAUUAGAGGAGGAAGAGAGGGAAGACGGAUGAGUUGGAUGAGACAACUGUUUUGUUUAGGGGUUAGAGAGGAGACUAGUUCGAGACAACUGUUUUGUGUAGGGGUUAGAGAGGAGACUAGUUAGAGGGACAACUGUUUUGUGUAGGGGUUAGAGAGCAGACUAGAUAGAGACACAUGUUUUGUGUUGGGGUUAGAGAGGAGACUAGUUAGAGAGACAACUGUUUUUUUGUAGGGGUUAGAGAGGAGACUAGUUAGAGAGACAACUGUUUUGUGUAGGGAUUAGAGAGGAGACUAGUUAGAGAGACAACUGUUUUGUGUUAGAGAGGAGACUAGAUAGAGACAACUGUUUUGUGUAGGGGUUAGAGAGGAGACUAGUUAGAGACAACUGUUUUGUGUAGGGGUUAGAGAGGAGACUAGUUCGAGACAACUGUUUUGUGUAGGGGUUAGAGAGGAGACUAGUUGGAGAGACAACUGUUUUGUGUAGGGAUAAGAGAGGAUAGAGAGACAACUGUUUUGUGUAGGGGUUAGAGAGGAGACUCGUUAGAGACAACUGUUUUGUGUAGGGGUUAGAGAGGAGACCAGAUAGAGACAACUGUUUUGUGUAGGGGUUAGAGAGGAGACCAGAUAGAGAGACAACUGUUUUGUGUAGGGGUAAGAGAGGAGACCAGAUAGAGACAACUGUUUUGUGUAGGGGUUAGAGAGGAGACCAGAUAGAGAGACAACUGUUUUGUGUAGGGGUUAGAGAGGAGACCAGUUAGAGAGACAACUGUUUUGUGUAGGGGUUAGAGAGGAGACCAGAUAGAGAGACAACUGUUUUGUGUAGGGGUUAGAGAGGAGACCAGUUAGAGAGACAACUGUUUUGUGUAGGGGUUAGAGAGGAGACCAGUUAGAGAGACAACUGUUUUGUGUAGGGGUUAGAGAGGAGACUAGUUAGAGAGACAACUGUUUUGUGUAGGGGUUAGAGAGGAGACUAGUUAGAGAGACAACUGUUUUGUGUAGGGGUUAGAGAGGAGACCAGAUAGAGAGACAACUGUUUUGUGUAGGGGUUAGAGAGGAGACCAGAUAGAGACAACUGUUUUGUGUAGGGGUUAGAGAGGAGACCAGUUAGAGAGACAACUGUUUUGUGUAGGGGUUAGAGAGGAGAACAGAUAGAGAGACAACUGUUUUGUGUAGGGGUUAGAGAGGAGACUAGUUAGAGAGACAACUGUUUUGUGUAGGGGUUAGAGAGGAGACUAGAUAGAGAGAACUGUUUUGUGUAGGGGUUAGAGAGGAGACCAGUUAGAGAGACAACUGUUUUGUGUAGGGGUUAGAGAGGAGACCAGAUAGAGACAACUGUUUUGUGUAGGGGUUAGAGAGGAGACCAGAUAGAGACAACUGUUUUGUGUAGGGGUUAGAGAGGAGACUAGUUAGAGGGACAACUGUUUUGUGUAGGGGUUAGAGAGCAGACUAGAUAGAGACACAUGUUUUGUGUUGGGGUUAGAGAGGAGACUAGUUAGAGAGACAACUGUUUUUUUGUAGGGGUUAGAGAGGAGACUAGUUAGAGAGACAACUGUUUUGUGUAGGGAUUAGAGAGGAGACUAGUUAGAGAGACAACUGUUUUGUGUUAGAGAGGAGACUAGAUAGAGACAACUGUUUUGUGUAGGGGUUAGAGAGGAGACUAGUUAGAGACAACUGUUUUGUGUAGGGGUUAGAGAGGAGACUAGUUCGAGACAACUGUUUUGUGUAGGGGUUAGAGAGGAGACCAGAUAGAGAGACAACUGUUUUGUGUAGGGGUUAGAGAGGAGACCAGAUAGAGAGACAACUGUUUUGUGUAGGGGUUAGAGAGGAGACCAGUUAGAGAGACAACUGUUUUGUGUAGGGGUUAGAGAGGAGACCAAAUAGAGAGACAACUGUUUUGUGUAGGGGUUAGAGAGGAGACCAGAUAGAGAGACAACUGUUAUGUGUAGGGGUUAGAGAGGAGACCAGAUAGAGACAACUGUUUUGUGUAGGGAUUAGAGAGGAGACCAGUUAGAGAGACAACUGUUUUGUGUAGGGGUUAGAGAGGAGACUAGUUAGAGAGACAACUGUUAUGUGUAGGGGUUAGAGAGGAGACUAGUUAGAGAGACAACUGUUUUGUGUAGGGGUUAGAGAGGAUACCAGAUAGAGAGACAACUGUUUUGUGUAGGGGUUAGAGAGGAGACUAGUUAGAGAGACAACUGUUUUUUUGUAGGGGUUAGAGAGGAGACUAGUUAGAGAGACAACUGUUUUGUGUAGGGAUUAGAGAGGAGACUAGUUAGAGAGACAACUGUUUUGUGUUAGAGAGGAGACUAGAUAGAGACAACUGUUUUGUGUAGGGGUUAGAGAGGAGACUAGUUAGAGACAACUGUUUUGUGUAGGGGUUAGAGAGGAGACUAGUUCGAGACAACUGUUUUGUGUAGGGGUUAGAGAGGAGACCAGAUAGAGAGACAACUGUUUUGUGUAGGGGUUAGAGAGGAGACCAGAUAGAGACAACUGUUUUGUGUAGGGGUUAGAGAGGAGACCAGAUAGAGAGACAACUGUUUUGUGUAGGGGUUAGAGAGGAGACCAGUUAGAGAGACAACUGUUUUGUGUAGGGGUUAGAGAGGAGACCAAAUAGAGAGACAACUGUUUUGUGUAGGGGUUAGAGAGGAGACCAGAUAGAGAGACAACUGUUAUGUGUAGGGGUUAGAGAGGAGACCAGAUAGAGACAACUGUUUUGUGUAGGGAUUAGAGAGGAGACCAGUUAGAGAGACAACUGUUUUGUGUAGGGGUUAGAGAGGAGACUAGUUAGAGAGACAACUGUUAUGUGUAGGGGUUAGAGAGGAGACUAGUUAGAGAGACAACUGUUUUGUGUAGGGGUUAGAGAGGAUACCAGAUAGAGAGACAACUGUUUUGUGUAGGGGUUAGAGAGGAGACUAGUUAGAGAGACAACUGUUUUGUGUAGGGGUUAGAGAGGAGACCAGUUAGAGAGACAACUGUUUUGUGUAGGGGUUAGAGAGGAGACCAGAUAGAGACAACUGUUUUGUGUAGGGGUUAGAGAGGAGACCAGUUAGAGAGACAACUGUUUUGUGUAGGGGUUAGAGAGGAGACCAGAUAGAGACAACUGUUUUGUGUAGGGGUUAGAGAGGAGACCAGUUAGAGAGACAACUGUUUUGUGUAGGGGUUAGAGAGGAGAACAGAUAGAGAGACAACUGUUUUGUGUAGGGGUUAGAGAGGAGACUAGAUAGAGAGACAACUGUUUUGUGUAGGGGUUAGAGAGGAGACUAGAUAGAGAGAACUGUUUUGUGUAGGGGUUAGAGAGGAGACUAGUUAGAGAGACAACUGUUUUGUGUAGGGGUUAGAGAGGAGACCAGAUAGAGAGACAACUGUUUUGUGUAGGGGUUAGAGAGGAGACUAGUUAGAGAGACAACUGUUUUGUGUAGGGGUUAGAGAGGAGACUAGUUAGAGAGACAACUGUUUUGUGUUGGGGUUAGAGAGGAGACUAGUUACAGAGACAACUGUUUUGUGUAGGGGUUAGAGAGGAGACUAGUUACAGAGACAACUGUUUUGUGUAGGGGUUAGAGAGGAGACUAGUUAUAGAGACAACUGUUUUGUGUAGGGGUUAGAGAGGAGACUAGUUAUAGAGACAACUGUUUUGUGUAGGGGUUAGAGAGGAGACCAGUUAGAGAGACAACUGUUUUGUGUAGGGGUUAGAGAGGAGACUAGUUAGAGAGACAACUGUUUUGUGUAGGGGUUAGAGAGGAGACUAGUUAGAGAGACAACUGUUUUGUGUAGGGGUUAGAGAGGAGACUAGUUACAGAGACAACUGUUUUGUGUAGGGGUUAGAGAGGAGACUAGUUACAGAGACAACUGUUUUGUGUAGGGGUUAGAGAGGAGACUAGUUAGAGAGACAACUGUUUUGUGUAGGGGUUAGAGAGGAGACUAGUAACAGAGACAACUGUUUUGUGUAGGGGUUAGAGAGGAGACUAGUUACAGAGACAACUGUUUUGUGUAGGGGUUAGAGAGGAGACUAGUAACAGAGACAACUGUUUUGUGUAGGGGUUAGAGAGGAGACUAGUUACAGAGACAACUGUUUUGUGUAGGGGUUAGAGAGGAGACUAGUUAGAGAGACAACUGUUUUGUGUAGGGGUUAGAGAGGAGACUAGUUAGAGAGACAACUGUUUUGUGUAGGGGUUAGAGAGGAGACUAGUUACAGAGACAACUGUUUUGUGUAGGGGUUAGAGAGGAGACUAGUUAGAGAGACAACUGUUUUGUGUAGGGGUUAGAGAGGAGACUAGUUAGAGAGACAACUGUUUUGUGUAGGGGUUAGAGAGGAGACUAGAUAGAGAGACAACUGUUUUGUGUAGGGGUUAGAGAGGAGACUAGUUAGAGACAACUGUUUUGUGUAGGGGUUAGAGAGGAGACCAGAUAGAGACAACUGUUUUGUGUAGGGGUUAGAGAGGAGACUAGUUAUAGAGACAACUGUUUUGUGUAGGGGUUAGAGAGGAGACUAGUUACAGAGACAACUGUUUUGUGUAGGGGUUAGAGAGGAGACUAGUUACAGAGACAACUGUUUUGUGUAGGGGUUAGAGAGGAGACUAGUUAGAGAGACAACUGUUUUGUGUAGGGGUUAGAGAGGAGACUAGUUAGAGAGACAACUGUUUUGUGUAGGGGUUAGAGAGGAGACUAGUUAGAGAGACAACUGUUUUGUGUAGGGGUUAGAGAGGAGACUAGUUAGAGAGACAACUGUUUUGUGUAGGGGUUAGAGAGGAGACUAGUUAUAGAGACAACUGUUUUGUGUAGGGGUUAGAGAGGAGACUAGUUACAGAGACAACUGUUUUGUGUAGGGGUUAGAGAGGAGACUAGUUAGAGAGACAACUGUUUUGUGUAGGGGUUAGAGAGGAGACUAGUUAGAGAGACAACUGUUUUGUGUAGGGGUUAGAGAGGAGACUAGAUAGAGAGGAGACCAGAUAGAGACAACUGUUUUGUGUAGGGGUUAGAGAGGAGACUAGUUAGAGAGGAGACCAGAUAGAGACAACUGUUUUGUGUAGGAGUUAGAGAGGAGACUAGAUAGAGAGGAGACCAGAUAGAGACAACUGUUUUGUGUAGGGGUUAGAGAGGAGACUAGUUAGAGAGGAGACCAGAUAGAGACAACUGUUUUGUGUAGGGGUUAGAGAGGAGACCAGAUAGAGACAACUGUUUUGUGUAGGGGUUAGAGAGGAGACCAGAUAGAGACAACUGUUUUGUGUAGAGGUUAGAGAGGAGACUAGUUAGAGACAACUGUUUUGUGUAGGGGUUAGAGAGGAGACUAGUUACAGAGACAACUGUUUUGUGUAGGGGUUAGAGAGGAGACUAGUUACAGACAACUGUUUUGUGUAGGGGUUAGAGAGGAGACUAGUUACAGACAACUGUUUUGUGUAGGGGUUAGAGAGGAGACCAGAUAGAGACAACUGUUUUGUGUAGGGGUUAGAGAGGAGACUAGUUAGAGAGGAGACUAGUUAGAGAGGAGACUAGUUAGAGAGGAGACUAGUUAGAGAGGAGACUAGUUAGAGAGGAGACUAGUUACUGUAUUUUCCUCCACUGUGAGAGAAACAUAGCAGUGUUAUUAUUUUACUACAGUCACACUGUUGUUUUCUAUUUGCUGACCUUCAUCAAUCAAAGUUCAUCAGGAUACUGCUGUUGUUAUGAUACAUUUACAUUUACAUUUAAGUCAUUUAGCAGACGCUCUUAUCCAGAGCGACUUACAAAUUGGUGCAUUCACCUUAUGACAUCCAGUGGAACAGUAGUGCAUCUAAAUCUUUUAAGGGGGGGUGAGAGGGAUUACUUUAUCCUAUCGUAGGUAUUCCUUAAAGAGGUGGGGUUUCAGGUGUCUCCGGAAGGAGAUAAAAAAAAAAAGUUUUUGAAAACAUCGAAACGCACAACAAGCAUUUAUAAUAUUAAAGGUUGCAUUGAAGUGACAGCUUCAUUACUAUAUCAAUAACACGACUUAACAAUAGAUUCAUCGAUAAAACAUAAGUCCAAUCACGGAAGGUGGUGAUUGACUCGUUUAAGGUUUCAACUUGUUAUGUUUCAAGUUGAAACCUUAAACGUAUCUCUACAGUUCUCGCUAGUGGACAGACAGGCUACGCUCUGCUCACGUAGCAUUUGGUUCAGGGUUCAGAGGUCACAGUGAAGGAUUGAUGAGUAAUACAUGUGUUUAUUAUGGUAUGUUAGUUGAGCCCAUUACCCAGUGGGUAGUAAUCUGUGAUGUGGAUGUAGCUUCCAGUUACCAUGGUGAUGUCUCAUAUUGAUGCUGGGAAAUUAUCCCAAUGGAACUCUGUUACCACAUGAGACUGAUAUUGUUGAAAUAAAGAAAUGUAACUUUGUAAGACA